UCUUCAAACAUCAGUAUUAUUUUUUAUAUAAAAUAUUGUAUAAUGUAUACUUAAUGUAAAUUUAAAAAACAAUAGCUCAUAGUUACAUAAUUCUACUCAAUGAUGUAUUUGUUUCCCUAAAUUCAAUAAAAACUGAAUAAGGAAUCAUUUAAUAUCACGUAAUGUGUGUUUUCAAAAGUCAAAUGGAGUUAUGUCAUAUCAAAUGUUUGAAAGAGAAGUAAUCCAGUAGAUUUUUUUUAAGAACUAUAAUUUAGUACAUUAUGUCAACUUACAUUUCUGAUGAUUCAAAUUCUAUAACUGGUAUCCCUGUAUCACAAGUGAAUUAUUUUUGUACUUAUUGUCAAGAUGAAAUCUCAAGUUUUCCAUGUCAAUCAAAUAAUGCGUACAACUCAAUGAUUAUUUUUAUCCGUUGUGCAAUUUGUGAAGAAUUUUUUCUUUGUUUAAUGUGUUUUUCCAGCGGGGCUGAAAUUGGCCUCCAUAAGAAUUACCACGAUUAUAAAUUAGUUACAGUCUUUAAAUCAAGUACUUUUUCAACAAAACUUUUGGAUGCUUUAGAAGAGUGGAUUUCUGAAGACACUGAAAAACAUUUAGGACCAAAAAAACUUGUAGAUAGUUGGGAAGAUGUUGCAAGUGUAGUUGGAUCCGAAUAUCCUGAAGAUGUAAAAAAAGAAUAUUAUGAUACUUUUGUCAAUGGAUAUUUUGGUCAAAACGUUAUUAAACUAGUUAAUAAACACAUAGGAAAUCCUCAAGUUGUGACAUUAGAUCAAGCCAUAGCAAUGGGUUGUUUGGAAAAUUGUCCUAUUUAUUUUCCAACACGUAAAUACUUAAAAAUUCCAGCAGAUAGAGAAAAAGAAGAAGAUUAUGAAAUUCUAGAGGAAAAUAUUAGAUAUAAUCGAUAUAAUAAUCAGGAUCUGACAAUGCAAAAUAAGAAUACAUUAGAUAGUUAUCAAUUACAAUUGUUAUUGCAAUGUGCUGGAGAAUUUGGCUAUGGCAAUUGGGAAGAUAUGUGUAAACAAUAUAAUACAAUUAUACACAUGGAAUAUCCAAGAGGAAAACGCACAUAUUUAUCAGCAAUGAAAAUUAAAGAGGAAUAUGUACUUCGUUUUAUUCAAAAUCCUAUUUUGCGUGGAACUUGGUUACCAUCCUCAAUUACAAGACCUCAAAUACCUGAUCGAACAAAACGUAUUGAAGGACCUAGAUGCGAAUAUGAACAUGUUUUGAAAGAACAACUUCCUAUUGAAGAUUUGGAUAUUUUUUUUUAUCCACCUGCACUAGAUGAUGUAGAUGAAUACAAAUGUACCAUUGAAGAACAAAACAUUGUAGUAGAUGAUUUAUCUGAAACCAAAAGGAAGUGUUUAGUUUGUACAUACUGUCAAGAUGAAUUUGAAGUUAUUGGUUAUCGAACAGACAGCCAUAAAUUUUCAAAUUACAAAUUAAUUACUGUAUAUACCUGUUGCUCAAAUAAACAGACUUGUGAAAAUUUUUAUUUAUGUCUAGUGUGUUUUGCAAGUGGAGCUGAAAUUGGAAAACAUAAAAAUAGUCAUGGCUAUACUUUGAUAACUGAAGUGAAAACUUAUUCUAGUGAUGUUUAUUUUCAAGGAUCCAAUUGGACUGCUAUAGAAGAGUUAUCAUUUUUGUAUGCCCUAGAAGAGUGGUUAAGUGAGCACUCUGAUAAAUUCAUAGAUCCAUUAAAUUCUGAAAAUUGUAUUACAGAUUGGGAUUCUGUUGCUCAACAUAUAAGAUCAAAAAAUGUUACUGAAGCAAAAACAGAAUUUGAAAAUUUAAUUUUAAAUCAAAGAAUUUGGCAAUUUCUUGAAACAUAUGCCCAUGUUGAACCUUUAAUUACAUAUGAAGAUGCAGUUGAGAUGGGAUGUUUCAAAACUUCAAGUAUAAUAACAGAUACAGGAGAAGGAAUUAUAGUUAAUGAAAAAAAUAUAUGGAAUAAAUCAGAUUUAGAGUUAUUAUUAGAUUACACGGCUAUAUAUGGUUAUGGUAAUUGGGAAAAAAUUUCAGAAGAAUUUAAUAAAACUAAUUUUUAUGAACAUUUUGGAAAAGUUAAUUAUUUUAUAAUAAGAACUCCUGAAGAAAUAAAAAAAGAGUAUUUACUUCGAUACUUUGAUGAUCCAAUCAGGCGAGGAACUUGGAAGCCACCAUUAAAUAAGCCAAUUAUUUUAGAUCGUACAUGGUUUUUUAAACAACCUGUUGAAUUAAAGUACCCCGUAGUGGAUCAUAAUUUAUUUGCUGAUACUAGUUAUAAUUACAUUACUGAUGAAUUUGAAUAUCCUUACAUGAAUAUUGCUGAAUCUGCCUUGGACAAUGUGGAAGAUUUCGAAACUAAUUUAGACGGUUAUCAUUCAAAACUUUCUAUGGAAAAAUAUAAUGGCACUACAAAAGAUAUGAUGGAUACUAAAGAUACCUUUAAAUCAAAAGAUCUAUGUACGAGCACACUGUUCAAUAUUAAAAAAGUAAAAGCAUUAAUUGCUUUAGAAAGGUAUAAUGAUAUUUUGUGGGAUCGAAGAAUAGCUAAAAAAUGUGUUCACAACUAUAGAUUGAUUGAACAUUUUGCAAUGUACAAAAAUAAAGAUUUACCAAAAAUAAAACAAUUUUCUGAACAAACUUUUGUGGAGCGUUUAGUGAAAAUGUCAAGAUUUAUGAAUAUUGACACUCAUAGGGCCUUGAUUGAAGGAGUAAAGAAUGAAAAACUGCUGAGACUGCGAUUAAAUGAGUUAAAAUAUUAUAAAAAGAUUGGUUUAACAAAACUAUCUGAACUCAAUAAGUUCAAUAAGUUUCAAAAACAUAUAUGUCAAAAAAAACUGUCAACACUUCUCCAUACUGAAGAUUCAUUGGAUCUUGGAUGUCAAACAUUUAAUGAACUUCUGACUCCCUCAGGAUCUAAUGGAAAUGGUUAUAUUCAUAAUACAACUUAAAUACAAACUAUUAUUUGAAAACAAAAUGUGAGAUACUAAACACUUUAAUUUUGGAGCUUAAAAAUAUAAUAAAUAGAAAAUACACCAUUUUUUUUAACAACAGAAAUAGGUUUUUGGUUUUAUAAAAUAUGUCAAAUAAUCUUCACAUGAUAUCUUCUUUGAAUAAAAAUUUAAAUUGUAGUUAUAAAUUUAAUAUUUAUUAGUCAAAAAGUUUCUAUUAAGCAUUAGUAUUUUAAAACUAUCGUUUGUCGUUGGUCUUUUUGACCGGGGUUAUUUUUAUCUUGAUUAUUAUUUAAUGGUAUAUUGAAACAAUAAAAUUGGUUAUAAUCCAAUACCUAUCAUACACGUGUAAAAUUAAAAAAUAUAAAAAUUAUUAGUCCAUAGUUUGUUUAUUAUUAUUUAUUUAGUUUGUCUAAGAGUAUAAUGCACCUUUACCUUCAAAAAUAAAUUAUUUUGUUAUAUUAUAUUCUUUUUUCGCUAGUAAGGAGAGGAUUGGGCUUUUGGGAGUAGUCCUUAAGGUCUGAGGGUAUAGUAUAUAAUAAUAUGUAAAUUGUAUAACCAAGUAUGUUAAUAAAUUAACUUUUCAGGAUUAGAAAAAUAAUUUCUAAUUCGUCAGUUAAAAAGACCAACAAAACCCCUCAUCAAAUAUUUUAACAUGGCACCUCUCCUGGGUCAAACAUGGUUCUUCAGGAAGAUUUUAUAAAAACCAAUUCUAUUAUUUAUAUAAUUAUUUAUUAUUUCAUAUAAAUUAACUGAAAGUUCUACAACCAAUUUUAAAGUCGUCAUAGAAUGUAAAGUUAAUUAUAUCUAUAAAAUUAAUUUAUAUAUCUAUGAAAGUAUUUCUUAAAUAGCUACUUUUUACUUUCUUUUUUUAAGUUCUUUUGGAACUUUUGAUAGAAUUGAUAGUUGUCUAUGAACAAACCUUAUAAGUUAUAGCUUAUAAUUGAAUAUAUUAUAAUCUCUUUAUAAAAAAGUAUUGGGUAUUUUAUCUUUUGCUAACUAUAAUUCUAUAACAAUUAAAAAAUAAUAAUACAAAAAAAUAGUAAAAAUGAUGGUUGGAAAACAAAGGGAUAAAGUCCUCUAGUGUAAUACAAAUUAGUUAAUAUUAUCAAUUAUUAAACUUUUUUUUUCUAAACUGCAUUGUUUGAAAUUAUUUCUCAGUUAUGAGUACUUAAUAGUGGAUUAUAUUUUUAUCUUGUUUGUUAUUAAAACCAUUAUCAUGAUAUUUUUGUUAUGUUAUAAAAUACAUUAUAGUUGUUAAAAAUUUAACAUUUUUUAUCAUGUUGUACAAUUAAAAUGUAUGAUAGUAAAAAUUAUUGAAUUAAUUAUAAUUAUAUAGGUAUAAGUUCUAUUGCCAAAUAUAUUAUAUUAAAUGGCUGUAGGUAUAACUUAUAAAUAAGCAUAAUUGAAUGGGUACUCCUCACAAGGAUUAAUUUUGGUAUAAUAAUAAUGCAAUUAUUUACAAUAUUGUUGUGUUUUAUUAACACAAAGAUUGAAUUAUAUUGAAAUAUAGAAUAGAUUAAACAAUCAAAAUAACUUUGAUGAUAUUAUUAUAUAUUGUUAUUAAUUUAAUUGAAUAACAUCUACUGUAAGAGGUACAAAUGCGAUUCAAAAUUGGUUAAAAUUAGUAUUUAUAUUAGUAAUUAAUCAACACAUUACAUUAUAUAGGCGAGUUAAAAUAACAAUAAGUACCUAUUAAAAUUUUAUUGUUGAUGAUUGAAAAAUAACAAGGUGUAUUCAUAUAUAUUUAUUUUUAUUUAAAACUUACUUACAUAUAGUUAUGUGAUUGUAGAUAUUGUUUUUAUUCUGU